GGGAAAUGUAGUUAUAUUGUCGUAGCUAUCACAUUUACUUAUGUUGUAGGGUGGUAUUUGCUACCCUACAGUUCCCGACAUGUCCUUUGGCUUGAAGCGAUGGCAAGAGUUGCUGAAUGACAAGUGAAUUUAUCAUUUACUGAACGCUGUGUGUUUUCUAUCGAGAGAAGUAAGUUAAAAGGACUUCGUUUCAGAAACGCAGCCAUGAGGACUCUUUGGACCAAAGCAGGUGUUUUAGGUUCGAUGUCAAUGGCUUUUGGUUCACUACUGUGGUCACAGAAGAAGACUGAACCGGACCCGGUUGGUUCCAAUUGCUCAUCUGCUGACACAAAUCCCAGUUCUCAUUAUGAACUUAAACUGGUCCAAGUCCUAUUCCGACAUGGCGCUCGAACGCCACUGAAGUCAAUACCUGAUGUGAUGGAGGCCCAAUGGGUGCCAACGCUCUUGGAGCCUCCGGCACACACCCACAUCAACUAUGAAGUGACAGAUCUUCAUGGUGGCCCCAGACCCCCAGCUCCUGUAGAAGACAGCUAUCGGCAAAACAUACUAAACGGUGGCACGUUCCCCGGUCAGCUGACCACAGUGGGCAUGCAGCAGCUGUAUGAGCUGGGCAAGAAGCUGAGGAAGAGAUACAUUGAGGAGAUUCCUUUCCUUAGCUCAACCUUUAGCCCAGCCGAGGUCUAUGUGCGCUCCACUAACAUUGUAAGGACCAUUGAAUCUGCCAAGUGCCUGGUAGCAGGGCUGUUUGAGCAAAAACAAAAAGAAAUUGUGCCUAUAUUAACAACGGAGGCAGAAUCUGAAAUCCUGUAUCCUAACUACCAUGGAUGCAAGCUGCUCAAACUCCUUGCCAGCCACCGCUGGGCAGAGUCGUCCACUCUGCCAGACAUUGCAGCAGAUCUGCAGAGCAUCCAGAGCGCGUUGGGCAUUGCCGCUCACCAGCACAUUGACUUCAUCCUCAUUAGGGACGACAUGGUUGCCAGAGAGACGCACGGCCUGCCCUGUCCAUCAGUGCUGGACACCUGGAGGAAUAAAGUGGAACAGAGAGCUGUGGACAUGAUCUGCCACGUGUAUGAACCCAGCAACAGGAAGAACUUGCAGCUGUGUGUGGGACCCCUCCUGCAGACAUUGUUAGCCAACAUUGAGGAGAAACUAGGGGACAUGUCGUCAGAGCCCAAAAGGAAGUUGUUUUUGUACUCUGCACAUGACACUACUUUGAUACCCUGUCUGAUGUCUCUGGGGAUUUUUGACAAGAGAUGGCCACCAUAUGCUGCCGAUAUCACUCUGGAGCUGCACCAACACCGGCAGACCAACAGGUCCUUUGUUAAAGUGUCAUACGUAGGCGAGGAUCAACUUAUACCAGGUUGUAGUGGAGUCUACUGCCCUCUGGAGGAGUUCAAACAAGUCCUCUCAGCGUACUCCCUGAGCUCUGAACUCUACCACGAUCUUUGUAACAGCACAGAGGGCUUGACCGAGCCCUGAACGAACUUUCACAGCUCAGCACAGUGCUACCAGUGACGUUACACUCAGACAGCAGUUACCAUGCAUCUUUUUUUUUUUUUUUUUUACAUCCUCCGUUCUCACUCCAUCCAGCUACCAUCAUCAGGGGAAACUUUCUUGGGAGUCCUGGAUUACAGCCACCUUUUUCAGACUUUCAAUUUCAUAAUUCCUGAUUUCCAUGUAUCCAUGGCAGUAAAAUGUUCCAAUCAGGUAGAUUAAGUGUUAUGGUAUAUUGACAAGUUUAAGUGCAGAAUAAUUUGUCAACAAACCCCAAAAAGACUACAACCAACUAAGUCUGCCCCCUCUCAAGUCAUAAAUCUUUAGAAGAUACAAAUACAUGCCUCCAUUUUUCAAAGUCUAAGUAAUUUGCUAAAAUAGCUGGACACUAGUUUUAAAUUUGAGUAAAUGGUGCAAAUGUUGGGAACUAUUUUCAGCUGUAGAUUGGUAGAAAUGUGGUGUUCUUGUAAGUAUUUGCUGCACAAGGACAAUACGUAUGAUUGACUCAAAAUAAACUACAGUGCCCAUGUCCAUUGCAAUGAAGUAACAUACUCCUGUAUGUGUAUAAUAGUUUUUAGACAAUAGUAGAGGUAUAGGGCACAGAGGAAUAAACUAUAUCAGGGUUGCCUACACAGGUGAUACUUGUUUAUAGGAUGGUUUUUCUCUCUCUGGGAUUUGUUUAAAAGAAAAAUACAGUGUUAUCAGCCUUUUUACUUGCAAUUUAUUGUUACACUGAAAUAUGUACAGAGGCUUGCAAAAGUAUUCAUACCCCUUGAACUUUUCCACAUUUUGUCAUGUUGCAACCACAAAUGUAAAAGUCUUUCAUUGGGAUUGUAUGUGAUAGACCAACACAAAGCGGCACAUAAUUGUGAAGUGGAAGGAAAAUGAUACAUGGUUUUCACUUUUUUUUUUUUACAAAUAAACAACUGAAAAGUGUGGCGUGCAAAA